AUGUGGGCUGUGAAUCGAACCACCAAUCCCACAAUUAGUGAAAACCCACUCUACCACCUGAGCCACAGCCGCCACAGCCACCACUGUGGAGGGCUGAUCUCUGAUCCAGGUCUGGUUCAACGUGCUAAAAGUGUGACAGAUUAUACCAUUAAGACUUGCAGCGUGCCGGAACUGUGUGCAAAUGUGAGCCUGAACCUGGGAGCAAUAAACAUGACAUUCAAUGCCAAAUGCUGCAGCACUGAUCUCUGCAAUGCUGAAAAACUACCAGUUCUUCCGAAGCAGGCUCCCAAUGGGAGAACGUGUUACACCUGUGAUGCUCACGGCUGCUCAGCAAAAUUGAGAUGUGAAGGAGAUAAAGAUCGCUGCGUCGCUGUAUCAGUUCACCAAGAGAACGAAACCAUGUUCUUUAAAGGAUGUAUGUCCAAGAGCCUCUGUACUGCUUCUGGACCAUCAAUCGUGCCAGGAAUCAGCGUGUCAAAAGUGAAGUGUUGUGAGGGGAAUCUGUGUAAUGGUGCUGAGAGCUUCACACUGAGUUUCCUCCUCAUGAUCAUCCCUCUGCUCUCCUCCAUCCUCUUCUACUGACCUCUGAGCUGACGAAGUUCCUUUAAAGCUUUGUCGGCAUGGAAUGCAAACACAUU